AUGUCGUUACAAAUUCCAUCUGCCCCCGGCAGUGGGCUCUUUAAACAAGGCUAUCAAUCGUUUGAUCCCCCCUAUGCCUAAAUAUUGUCCUUUCCCAUAUUACUUACGGCGUUAAUUCGUGAGAUAGGUAUGCGAGCGAGGACGGAGCAGUCAUCAGGAACAUCGAUGCCUGCCAGACUAUCGCUUCAACUGUACAAACUUCUCUCGGACCCUUUGGUCGGAAUAAGAUCGUCAUCAACCAUCUACAGAAAAUGAUCCUUACGUCUGACGCCGCGACGAUUCUACGGGAGUUAGAUGUUGUACAUCCUGCUGCUAAGCUGGUCGUUAUGGCAAGUCAGCAGCAAGAGGCGGAGGUACGAAGUUCCGUUUAUACUCCUUUAAAGGGUCUGGAACUGAUUGGGUCGAUAGAUGGGUGAUGCUACGAACCUGGUCAUUGUUCUUGCCGGGGAGUUCAUGAAGAUGGCAGAAGGAUUGAUCAGAAUUGGAUUGCAUCCGUCGGAAAUUGUUAAUGGAUAUGAGAAGGCCCAAGAGAUUGCUUUGAAGACAUUAGAAGGUUAGUUUUCGGUGGUUUGUGGGCGCUCGCGUAAUUAUUGACAUCCCGCUCUCGUCAGAACUUGUGGUCGAUAAGAUUGCGGCUAUCAAAUCGGAAGCCGAGCUCACCAAGGCUAUCAGAACCGUUAUCGCGUCAAAACAGUACGGAAAUGAGGAUCUGCUCGCACCCCUAGUCGCUCAAGCUGUUCUUGCCGUUCUACCUAAAAACCCCAUCAACUUUAAUGUUGAUAACAUCCGGGUGGUCAAGAUUAUGGGUUCAUCACUCCCUGAGAGCCGUGUCGUAAAAGGAAUGGUUUUCCCUCGGGAGCCAGAAGGUACAAUCAAGAAGGCUCUGAAAGCUAAAGUUGCUAUAUUUUCCUGCCCCAUCGAUAUUUCUCAGACGGAGACUAAGGGGACCGUUCUACUUCACAAUGCAAGGGAAAUGUUGGAUUUCACUAAAGGGGAGGAAUCACAGUUGGAGACCAUCAUCAAGGAAAUCCACGAUUCAGGAAUCAGGGUGGUAGUUGCCGGGUCAACAGUUGGGGAAUUGGCUAUGCACUAUCUCAGCCGCUACAGCAUACUGGUCAUCAAGAUUCUCAGCAAGUUUGAGCUUAGACGGCUGUGUCGAGUUGUAGGCGCCACUCCGUUGGCUCGAUUGGGCGCUCCCAUGCCGGAUGAGAUGGGAACGGUGGAUGUUGUAGAGACUGAGGAGAUUGGUGGAGAUCGAGUAACAGUUUUCCGACAAGGUAUGGAACGCUACAUGUCCGACUGUGUACAAUUACUAACGUUGAAGUAGAAAAUGAGAAAACCAGGACCGCUACAAUUGUUAUUCGGGGCGCUACCCAGAAUCACCUUGAUGAUGUUGAGAGGGCUGUGGAUGAUGGUGUCAACGCUGUAAAGGCCAUCUCCCGGGACCCUCGCCUGGUCCCAGGUGCAGGAGCUACCGAGAUGCAGUUAGUUGAGAGGAUAGUUGCUCAUGGAGAAAAGACACCCGGUCUCCUCCAGCAUGCGAUCAAGAAGUACGGUGAGGCGUUUGAGGUUAUUCCUCGUACGCUAGCCGAGAGUGCCGGUCUCGAUGCUACUGAGGUCUUGAGUAAACUUUAUGCUGCUCACCACAAGAGGGAUCCCUGGACUGCCGGCGUGGAUCUUGAAGUAGGUUUCAUGAAUAUGUUAAUUCAGUAGCCCAUUUACUAACGAUGGAUCAAAGGACGAGAAGGGUACCGGGAUACUCGAUGCUAAAGAAUGUGGUAUCCUUGACCUCUUCGCGGCCAAGAGCUCGGCCAUCAAAUUGGCAACCGAGGCUGCUCGCACAGUCCUUGCGGUUGACCAGAUCAUCGUUGCCAGACAGGCUGGUGGGCCAAAGCCUCCCGGGCCAAAUCCUAACUGGGACGAAGACUAAGUGGUGGGUUGGGAUAGCUAGAUGUGUAACAGGGACCGGUAAUCAAAACUCUCAGUUCACACUUGUACUGUAUCAGUUCACGUUUGUAGCUGUAGUGAGAUCGGGAUCGGGAUUUCUAUAGUCUUGGGUUGUAUUUAGAGCCUCAUCCGAUCAUGCU